UCUGCUUCUGAGAAUCAGUCUGUGUUUUUGUGCAGUCAUUCUCGCGCAGCCAUUUUUCAGCUGGUGAAACUUUGAAAGUAUUUGAUUGCAAACGCGGGAGCGGUUUCAAAGUGUAUGCCAUGUAUCUUGAGGAGAUUUCCCGAACGACCAACGUUACAUCUGGAUUGACUCUGUUCCUCUGUGCCUUCGCUCUGCUCUUGCUGGCUCUCUAUGGUCAACGAAGAGGACCAGGCUGCUCCUUUCCUCCAGGUCCCAAACCUUGGCCGUUAGUGGGCAACCUUUUCCAGAUGGGGGAACAAAUCCAUUUGUCAUUAACAAACCUGAGGGUUCAGUAUGGAGAUGUGUUCCAGGUGCAAAUGGGUUCUCUUGUGGUAGUUGUUUUGAGCGGCUAUUCUACAAUCAAGGAGGCUCUGGUACGGCAAGGAGAGGCAUUUGCUGGACGCCCUGACCUUUUUACAUUCUCUGCAGUUGCUAAUGGCACCAGUAUGACAUUUAGUGAGAAGUAUGGUGAAGCUUGGGUGCUUCACAAAAAGAUCUGCAGAAAUGCCUUGAGGACAUUCUCCCAAGCUGAGCCCAGAGACUCAAGUGCCUCGUGUCUUUUGGAGGAACAUAUCUGCACAGAGGCCAUGGAGAUGGUGAAGGCUCUGAAGGAACAAGGAGAUAAGGUUGGAGAUUCAGGGCUCGACCCGGUUAAGUUGCUAGUGACCUCAGUUGCCAAUGUGGUUUGCACUCUGUGUUUUGGCAAGCGGUAUGCCCAUAACGAUAAAGAGUUCCUUACCAUCGUCCAAAUCAAUAAUGAAGUGCUGCGCCUCUUUGCUGCAGGGAAUCUGGCAGACUUUUUUCCUAUCUUCCGUUACCUGCCCAGUCCGUCUCUGCGAAAGAUGGUCCAGCACAUUGGCAGAAUGAACAGCUUCAUGGAGCGCAACAUCAGGGAACAUCUCAUCACCUUUGAUAGGAACUGUAUUCGGGACAUCACUGAUGCCCUUAUAGCAAUGAGUGAGGACAGGCUGGAGGGCGAGGAAACGGCCAUGCUCAGCAACUCACAGAUCGUCCACAGUGUUAUUGACAUCUUCGGAGCCGGUUUUGACACUAUCAUCUCCGGUUUGCAGUGGAGCCUUUUAUACCUUAUCAAGUUUCCAGACAUCCAGGCUAAAAUCCUCCAGGAGAUAGAUAACCAGGUUGGUAUGAACAGGCUUCCACGGUUUAAAGACAAGCCAAACAUGCCGUACACAGAAGCUUUCAUAUUUGAAGUGUUUCGUCAUGCAUCCUACGUGCCUUUCACCAUACCUCACUGCACAACUGAAAACAUAACACUGAAUGGAUACUUCAUCCCCAAAGACACGUGUGUGUUCAUCAACCAAUAUCAAGUCAAUCACGAUGUGGACAUUUGGGGCGAUCCUGAGGCUUUCCGACCAGAACGAUUCCUCACCCUGUCUGGCCAUCUAAAUAAAAAUGUGACUGAGAAGGUAAUUAUAUUUGGCAUGGGAAUACGGCGUUGCCUCGGUGACAGCUUUGCCCGUCUGGAGAUGUUUGUGUUCUUAACCACCCUGUUGCAUCGUCUGCACAUAGAGAAUAUUCCAGGGGAAGAGCUUGACCUGAGCUCUACAUUUGGACUCACCAUGAAGCCCAGACCCUUCCUAAUAAAAAUCUCACCUCGUAACUAAACUAUUAUGCUCUCAGUGUUCUAGAUGUUAUGUUUAAUGCACCCCAAAUCAACCUACAAUGCACCUCAGAAUCAUUGAAGUCACACCACAAAGCUAAUGUUGGCCAUCACUGGACUGCUAAGCUAAUUCGUCACUUAUAAUCAUCAUGUGGUCUUUUCUCUACCUCUGUUUUAAGUGGCCUUAAACUUCGUUAUGUUAGUGUUUUAUUUAUAUAGUAUUCAGCUCAACUCAACUGUUACUUGUAUGUUUACUUUUGUAUUCUGAGCUUAUCAAUAUAUGUAUCAUAAUUAUGCAUGAAAGUUUAAGCUUGUAAGUGUUCUGGUUACUGCUUUUCGCACAGAUAUUUGAAACAUCAAAGAAAGCCACAAUCUGUUGUUAACCUGUUUUGUGUUAUAUAAACUGAAUCAGUGAGAGAGGAUCAGAAUUAAUAGGCCUAUUACUGAUGUUGCAUUAACGAACAAAUAUUGUUAAUAAUGAAUAAAAUGUAAUCCAGUUUAAUAUAAUAUAUUGACUAUACAAAAUUAUAUGAUAUUUAUAAUACUUUAAUGUUGUCAAGUCUCUAUCAUAUCACUAAACUGUUGUUAUCCGUCUUAUUGAACAUCACAGAAUUUAAUAGAAUAAAGGACAGUUAAA